AUGUGGAAGUCGAUUAACUUUCUCACCCUGCAUUAUGCGUGGAUUAUCACCCUCAGCAUUCUGAGCUUGAUCAUAAUCUACCCUUACGGUAACCUGAAAGCCAUCGAUGCCUAUUUCUUCGGUGCCAGCGCAUCGACCGAGUCAGGUCUGAAUACUGUCGAUGUCAAAGAUUUGAAGACCUACCAACAAGUGUAUAUAUAUCUCAUUCCGAUUCUUGGAAAUUUGGGAUUCAUCAAUAUAAUUGUGGUUGUUUUUCGGGUUCGAUGGUUCGAAAAUCAUCUCAAAGCAACUGCCCCCCAUCUUGUGAGGCCCGAGACGCUUCCUGGACAAGAUGCAGAGGCGCAAUUCAAGCAUGAAAGCAAUUCGCGCAGCACUGUUGAUGAAGCCCCAAGCGAUCCAUUUAGAGAUCACAGAACAGAUAGCUUGGAAGAGGCUAAGGGUCGUGGUGAGGCCCCCGAAAAAGCUCCAAGUACUGACUUAUGCACCAGAGUUUUCCAGGAAUUGGAGGCGACUGCCGAUAUUAUAGCCGACUCAAAUAUCAUUUCGGGAAAGCAAGUCAUUCAUUUCGCUGACGAGUCCUUUUCCGACAAGGACAAAGCUCUGUAUAUCCCACCUCCGUGGAAACGUGAUAGAGGCACCUCUUUUUCUGAGAUCGAUGGGAGGCUUGAUGAUGAUGAUGAACAAACCGAAAAGGUUUCUCGUCGACAAACUACCAGAAGCAUGCAUUCACCUCGCACCAUUGAACGCAUCGCAACGUCUGUGUUUGUUCUGGGAAACCCCCCUACUCAGAAAAAGAGCCAAAAAGCAACGCAGAAUGACACGAAGCAGCUCGAUUUGCCGAAUAUCUCUUUACACGCUACAGUAGGCCGGAACUCCCAGUUUCACAAUCUGUCUCCCGAGGAUCGAGAAAGACUCGGCGGUAUUGAAUAUCGAAGCCUGAAGCUCUUGUUAAAGAUUGUGGUAGGAUAUUUCUUUGGUCUGCAUCUCUUCGGUGCAAUCUGUCUUGUUGGAUGGAUUCUGCAUGCAGAUCCAAAAUAUCGUGAUUAUCUUGCCGAAUGUGGGCAAGGUAGUGUUUGGUGGGGAUUUUACUCCGCUCAGACGAUGAUUGACAAUCUUGGCUUCACUCUGACACCAGAUUCAAUGAUCUCAUUUCAAGAUGCAACUUUCCCAAUGAUUCUCAUGAGUUUCCUUGCAUUUGUCGGGAAUACGUGUUAUCCAUGCCUUCUUCGACUUAUUAUCUGGACCAUGUCCAAAGUCUGCCAUCCGACCUCUUCGCUCAAAGACCCACUUAGAUUCCUGCUCGAUCAUCCGCGACGGUGCUACACGCUGCUUUUCCCAAGCCGGCCAACGUGGAUUCUCUUCGGAAUCUUGUUCCUCAUGAAUUCAAUCGAUGUAAUUCUCAUCCUUGUGCUGGACUUGAACAAUCCUGCUGUUAAUAAUCUCGCUCCUGGUCCUCGAGUUCUUGCUGCUAUUUUCCAAGCAGCAUCAGCGCGUCAUACGGGUGCAUCGACUUUUAACUUGGCAGACGUGAACCCAGCCGUGCAAUUCAGCUUGGUCGUUAUGAUGUAUAUUGCAGUCUUCCCAAUCGCCAUUAGUAUAAGAGCUUCCAACGUUUACGAAGAAAGGACGUUGGGUAUAUACGGUAAAAACACUGACGUCGACGAGAGUGAUGGCCGGUCUUAUAUCAUCAACCAUAUUCAGAACCAACUGAGCUUUGACUUGUGGUACAUCUUCCUCGGCUGCUUUUGCAUCUGCAUCGCUGAGGCCGGUAAGAUCGCAGAUACGUCGAUUCCAGCCUUUUCUGUAUUCUCGGUGUUAUUCGAAGUGGUUUCAGCAUAUGGCAAUGUUGGGCUCAGUCUUGGAUAUCCCACCGUUUCGACCUCUCUUUGUGGAGAGUUCACUGUUUUGAGCAAGAUUGUCGUAUGCGUGAUGAUGAUUCGAGGCCGUCACCGUGGGUUGCCUUACAAGCUCGAUCGUGCUAUUGUUCUCCCAGGCGAGCGCCUAGAAGAGGACCACCAAGAUUGA